UCACAUGUCAUUAAUAUUGCAUUUGCACAGGUAAUGUGCUUAUAUGCAAUCGGAUCGGAAUUUGUUUAAAUCUGUUUUACUAUUAUUGUUUUGUGGUUGCUAUAGAAAUUGUCUAGUAUGGUUGAAGAUUGGAUAUCUCAAGUAAAUAUAAGGCAGUGUCGGGACAGAGUUGGAUGUGUAAAACUUGGAACUUGUUUUUGCCUGUACACUCGUCACAGGUUUAAAAGACUCAUGCGUCCUUAUCAGGUUCUAGAGAUGCUUCAGAUGCCAUUCGUUGAACGGCGUUUGCAGAUUAAGUUACUGUCUCUUGGUCAUAUUGAGCCAUUUUGUCCAAAGGGUGCUAAAAUGGUGAUAACAUACUACCUAAAAGAAUAUUUUGAUUCAUAGAGACACUAAUCUAUGUUAGACUUUUAACUUUUGGUUGAAUUUAUGUAAGAAAUAUAACUUGUAGAACUAAUCAAU